AUGCAAAAAUGUUCAGAUAAUAUUCUCGUAUGCGAAUCGGAAAGUUUGGCUGCCGAGGUUGCAAAACAGACAUAUACAGUUCGACGCGCUGAAGAUCAGCGUUUAGCAACUAGUCAAGGCAAAGGGGCAGGAAUACUGCAGGGUAUCAUAGAUGCAGCAAAUGAGCGCCCAUGGUUGUGGGUUGUUUAUGUGUUGUGCGUGCUGAUCCCCAUUAUACUUAUCGGUGUAUGCUGCUUUGGUCGCAAAUCGAACGCUGAUAUUGCUGCCGCUCAGAGAAAGAAGACAGACGCCCCCGAAGCUGAUGAUGAAGUGAGAUGA